UAAUAAAGUAUCUGUCUGUCUCUGUCUAUCAAAAAACAACAACUUUUGUUUGUUUGAAAAAUAUUGUAUGUAUUCUUGUACACCUGAACAAAAUAAUGGUAAAAGUAGAAACUGGCAAAGUACUGAGUUUUUGAUGUGAAGUUAUGGAAAUGAUUUGAAAAUACAGAAUGAACUUUAACUUUAGAAGAAUGUCAUCAACUGCACCUUAUCAGUCUGUCCUCCUCCUCCUCCUCCUCCUCAGGUCCAGAGACUAUGACGGCUACGUGUCCUCCCUGCUCCUCCCAGUGGAGGCGCGGCGCUCCUCUUUGGCUCUGAGAGCCUUUAAUGUGGAGCUGGCACAGGCAGGUGAAGGACUCUGUUUCCCAGAAGACCAUUGGGUUGAUGCGAAUGCAGUUCUGGAAGGCGGCCAUCGAAGAAAUCUACAGAGACGAGCCUCCGAACCAGCCGGUCAGCACCGAGUUGUGGAGGGCGGUGAGGAAACAUUACCUGACAAAGAGAUGGCUGCUGAGGAUCAUAACAGAGAGAGAGACGGGUCUGGAUGACCGAGCCUACAGAAACCUGCAGGAGCUGGAGACGUACUCGGAGAACACACAGUCCUCUUUAAUUUACCUGCUGCUGGAGUGUUUAGGGUUGAAAAACGUCCACGCCGACCACGCAGCGAGCCACAUCGGUAAAGCUCAGGGGAUCGUGACGUGUCUGAGGGCGACUCCGUAUCACAGCAGCCGACGCAAAGUCUACCUUCCCAUGGACGUCUGCAUGCUGCACGGAGCUUCUCAAGAGGACUUCAUCCGAGGCAGCCGGGAGGAGAACGUCCGGGACGUCGUGUACGACAUCGCCAGUCAGGCUCACCUACAUCUACAACACGCACGAUCAUUUAGCAACAACGUCCCAAAAGCUGCCAAUCUGGCCUUCCUCCAGACGGUGGUGUUGGAGGACUACCUGCAGCGAGUGAGGAGGGCAGAUUUUGAUAUUUUCCACCCGAAUCUGAAGAAGAGAAACCCCCUCGUCCCCUUCCAGCUGUACCUCCGGUCCUGGAAGAAGUCCUACUGACGUCAGCCCUUCCUCCUCCUCUUCCUCCUGUGAUGCUGCCUCUUUGGGGGAUUCUGCCUCGAAGACUUUCAGGAGGUUGACAGAGAAAUCUAGACUUGUUUUGAACCACAGUGAAGUCUGCCUCCUCAAUAAAACCACAAACCUCCUCCGGCUCUCACACCAGCCAGAGUUCCCAGGAGACCAGUGUUUCCACCACAAUACAAUAUUAUGUUCCCUGAAUGUACGAGUGUAAUUUCACCAGAUGUUUUAUGCAAAAAUAAAGGAUAAUUUUGGUGUA